UCUUCGACCAUUCCAUUGAGACAGACGCUCACAGCUCAGCGCACAGAGAAACGAAAGAAGAUCGAAACCCGAGAGAGAGAGAGAGAGAGAAACUAUCUUCAGGUCUUCGGGCAGAACAGCAAUGGCCAAAUCUUCAGGUUUCUGCACAACCUUUGCUCUCUGUUUCAUCAUCCCAGCUCUGCUCAUCCUCUCAUCGUCGCACAACGCCGUCGCGAGUAGCCACCACGAGCAGCCUCUGACCGGGUGGAUGCCGUCGAGAUCCGGAUGCCGGGGGACGGUCGGCGGCUGCCUCGCCGCCGGCGACGCGGAGGAGUUCGACCUCGACUCCGAAGCCAGCCGGCGCAUCCUCGCCACCACGCGCUACAUCAGCUACGGCGCGCUGCAGAGGAACAGUAUCCCCUGCUCCCGACGUGGCGCCUCCUACUACAAUUGCAAGCCCGGUGCACAGGCCAAUCCCUACUCCCGCGGGUGCAGUGCAAUUACUCACUGCCGCAGUUAGUUUCCCUCAUCUUCAUUUUCCCAAGAAGAAGAAGAAGAAAAAAGAUCAAUUUAUUUUAUUUUAUUUUUUAAUUUGUUGAGAUGGGAUUGCUUGUUAUAUAUGAUUGGAGAAUAGAAAGAUUCUGACGAGUCUUUGCUGUCUUCCAUAUCUAUAUAUAUAUAUAUAUAUCUAAAUCUGAUAUUGUUAUUGUCUCUAUAAGAUCAAUACUUAACUAUUCCUUUGUCAA